AUGUAUCGACAGCGAGUUCUCUUCAAGGAAUUAAGACCUAAGGUAAUAAAGUGACUAAAUUAAUACAACCCCAAGGUUCGCAUUCUCAACAAAGUUGAGAAUUACAUACUUUGGAGCAAAUUACUCUUUGUAUCACCCUCGAUUACCCUGAUUUACCCGUACUUUUCGGAUUAUCAUCAUCCAUUUGAAUAGAUGCCUAUAGUAAUAUAUUGAUCCCUCUGCCUCCCCCUUUUCGGCAUUCAUAUUUCCACGCAUAGAUGCCUAGCGACGAGCCGAGUGCUGUCCCUCGCUCUCUCGACCCAUCUACCUGCGCGAGUGACCCAGGCCCGAGUGUUUCCCCCAAAAAAAUGGACUCUUUUCUUCCGCUCUUCUGAUAGUUCCCAUUGAAUCCAGACAGAUAAAUAUGAGUCAUUCGCUCGCUUCAGGGUGUGGUCCUGAUGAGCUUAGUGUCUAAUGUUAGACAUUUAUCGUAUCACACAACAUCUUGUAUUACUUUAGACGUAUAAUCUAAUUUAAGCUAAUGUUAACUAUGGUAUUAUUCCAGGGCAUGCUCAAACAUCCCUCAGCCGAGCACUUGGGAAUGUAUCGAUCGUCCUCGUAUUAUGCGGACGAUGGAUGUCUCAGCAGGAUACCCUAUUUCUCGGCCAUGGGCUUCUUUAUGUGUUUUGUUGGAGUUGUUCUGUUCUCGUCGAUGAUGUGGUUCGCUGUGAAUGCGAGCGUGGAGCAAUUCAGAAGAGCCUUGGAUCUGACGGAUCUCCCAUGGCUAGAUAAGGUAACACAUUUCCCGGUAUCAAGGUUAAAAAGAGGGCCCAAAGUAAUGUCAAGUGGAACAUCGAGGUUUCUACAAUUUUUUAAACCAAAAAUUACUACUAAUCCGUCCUUAAUCGUGUCUAAAUUUCAGAUCAACCUUGCAUUCCUAAUCAUGGCCUUUAUAAUGGCACUAUUUGCCAUCUUUUUGCUAGCCAUUGCCAUUGUUAGUACGGGUCGAACGAGAGAGCAAAUCUACAAACGAGAGAGCGCGAGGAGAGGUGGAGAAUGCUUCGGGAUCACCGCUAUGGUCUGCUCUUACAUCCUGAACAUCCUAUGGAUGUUCGUAUUCGCUACAACAGCGAUCCUAAGUGCUGGUUACUAUGUCUUAAGUCGAUUAUGUGCCUCUCUAGCGGCCUACAACGAAUCAAAUUGCUUGGAUUUCAGCGUUUUCCAACCAAUCUUCAAGAACACACCGAAAGAGGUAAGUGAUUUUCUUUUUGAAUCCGUAUUUUAGAAGGUUUGAUUAUAGUAGCCAUCUGAUCCAUCCGUUUUCAGAAUUUGAUUCUCUGUGGUGGGAAUGCUCAACAAUUCUGUGCGGCGACAAACUCCGUGGUGGCGUGGUACUUCAUUGGCUUCCUCGGAUCAGGCAUUGUUUGUCUUGGACUGGUCCAAUUUUUAGCCAGCAGCACUGCCAAUCACUCAAGAGUCAAGAACGAAAAACGUUACAAUGAACUCAGGAAUGCCGUAUUCGGCGAUUCCCUCCCCGAAUUCACUCCAUACGUCCCCAACAGUUACUACCCACCCCCUCCAAUCCAAGGUACCCUCCCGUCUUACCAUGGCACCCACCCUCGGAAACCGAAUAUUAUCCCUCCAUCGCCUAUCCGACCUACCGGAACCCUCCCGUACAACUCGUAUUCACGACGAAACUCUUAUCACAACUCAAUGGGAGAAGCGCACUGGGGUCGAGACUAUUGA